UAAAAGACCUCCAAAAUGCCACCAACAAGACUUCUGACGCUAAAACUCGCCUUUGUGUCUCUCUUCCUGAUUAUUUUUACUCUCUACUUCAACGACAUUGAAGAUGAGAUCUUCUGGAGCAACAAUUUCUUGUUGCCCGAGCUGACCUCAAUCCUUGAGAACAAGGAGAAGCUUAAAUAAGUGCACACUUGAGAUAGAAGGGUCUCCUCAGAUCAGCCUGAUGGGUAUGAACCCCUCAGCUGAAACCAAGGAGUACAGCAUCAUCCUUGGAAUCCCUCGAGAGAGACAUACUAAGCCUGAGGUUGAUCAGCUUCAGUCUCCAUGGCUCAAGUCUAUUGAUUUAAAGUUGAAGUUCCUUCAGGAGCUCUUUUUCGGCUCUGAACUGUCUUCAGUCGAGAAGACUCAGACAGCAGCAGAUAAGGAGUUUCAGGCAAGGAUUGAAGAAUACCACCAGCAUGCUGAGGAGAAUGACAAGAUCAUUGACCUUCUCAUCAAUGCUACAUCUGUUUCCAUAUUCUUCAAUAACUACACUGAAGAAAUUUAUCUGUUAGCAUUAGAACUAGUAAAUUCUGAAGAGAGUAACAGGUCGAUUCUUAGCUUGGUUCAGAUCGAAGCAGAAAAAGACUUUAAGCACCCUGAUGAAGCAUUGAAUGAAAAGUCUGAGGAAGAAAAUAAUAUCUCACUGCUAGAUGCAAUUAAUCCGCUCUCUCCUGAACUUGAUAAUUACCUUAUGACUUCUUUCUGGAUGAAUGACUAUGAAGAAUCAAAUCUUCUCACUAUGAACAUCACGCACAACCUGGUCUAUUCAGGACAAGUAUUUGAAGAUGAUUUUUCAGUUAAAUUUAAGACUUAUUGAGCUGCAAUUUCAGACUCUGAGAAGGUCUUUCUGAGCUAUCUAGGCCUGAGUCAAUACAAUAUUGGCAACGCCCAAAAAUAUAUUUUGGAAAAUGAUGAUCAGAUAACUUCUCUUGAAUGUAGGAAUAAUACAGUGAUGUUUAAAUUAGAGCAGGAUAAAGAGCAAUAUAGGAUAAUAUCUCUUAAAAAUCCUACAAUUGAAGCUAAAUCAAACAAUGAUUGGGUUGAAAAUGUUUACUCAGAGUAUUCCUCAAGCCUCAAGAUACCAUAAACAAUCUUCAGCAAUGUCCUAAA